AAAGAUCACGUGGUGAACCUUCAGCGCGUCUCGGGGCCUCCGCGUGACAGCAGCGUCCAUCGUUUUUUCCCAUUGGUCCCGGAGGCGGAUGCUUAAUGUAAAUACGCCGGCGCUAAGUGGGAGUUGCCUCGCUAUUCGUUCAGCUGUCACUCGAUCUCUGCGAUCCGCAAGCCGCUUUGCGUGAUAAAGGCGCGCGCUGGCACGCGGACACCGUGCGCGGACUGCAGCAUGCGGAGCCACGCGCUCUGAACACGCAUUGCGCGACUUCACGCAGCCGAGUACGCGCGGAUUCACACUCUAAAUCAAAAAGGAAACCAAGAAAGAGGGGAAGAAAAUUAACUAAAACAAACAAAAUAAAUUAACAAAUAAAUAAACACACACACGCAUUUCUAAGACGAGGCGGCUGACGAGAUCUCCACACACAAGUCUCAGAGCUUCUUUUCUCUUCAAAUAAGAUUUCCAGGAAUGGAAUCUAUAUCGAGUCAGCUAUCAGCCGGAAGAGAUUCCACCUGUUCACCAAACUCGAAGCAGGAGUUGCAGUCCUACACCGGCAGCACCCUCAAACCCAACCAAGUCAGCGAGACCUCUCUGUACGGAAUACCCAUCGUCUCCUUGGUCAUAGAUGGCCAGGAACGACUGUGUUUGGCCCAAAUUUCCAACACACUUUUAAAGAACUAUAGUUAUAACGAAAUCCACAACCGGCGUGUGGCUUUGGGCAUCACUUGUGUGCAGUGCACACCAGUUCAGCUGGAGAUCUUGAGGCGCGCAGGCGCUAUGCCCAUUUCCUCAAGACGCUGCGGGAUGAUCACCAAGCGUGAAGCAGAGCGCCUCUGCAAGUCCUUCCUGGGCGAACACAACCCGCCCAAACUGCCCGAGAAUUUCGCUUUCGACGUGUCCCACGAGUGCGCGUGGGGCUCCCGCGGCAACUUUAUACCCGCGCGGUAUAACAGCUCGAGAGCGAAGUGCAUAAAGUGCUCGCUCUGUAACAUGUAUUUUUCACCGAACAAAUUCAUAUUUCAUUCCCAUCGCACGCCCGAGUCUAAAUACACGCAGCCCGACGCGGCGAACUUCAACUCGUGGAGACGGCACCUAAAGCUCGCAGACAAGAACUCUCCAGAAGACGUGAUCCACGCUUGGGAGGACGUGAAGGCCAUGUUUAACGGAGGCAGCCGGAAGAGGACACUGCCUGGACAUGGGUCCGAGUCUUCGUCCCCGCUGAAAUCCCAAAGCCCCGUGCGUCGAGCGCAGGGGAGUUCAUCUGAGGUGCCACUUAAAACCCUUCGUCGUGAAGACGACCGAGCCACCGUGCCCAUCCCGAGUGGCAUCCGCAGUUACCCCGUGAUCCCGGUACCUAGCAAGAGUUUUGGGAUGCUGCAAAAGAUUCCGCCACCUCUCUUCCCUCAUCCUUACGGCUUCCAGGCGUUUGGACUUUGUCAAAAGAAAGACGACGGCGUGGUGGGAGAUCAGAACAAAACGAACUUGCCUGGGGUGUUCUGGCCAGGCGCGAAGGACAGCGCGUACCCUUCGUUUCCCAUGUUUUGGCCAACGGCAGGUGGUCUGACCAUGCCUCCUUACCACCACGCGCCACCGAAACCGCCUCCAGAGGUCCUCUGCGCACGGCAGCACGAGUUCGAGGCGUCAGAAACAAGUGACAGGAGAGGAGCCAGCACCCCCAAAGACAGCCUGCUGGAGACCGAGCGCUGCUCCAGCACGCAGUCCAGCCGCAAUGACGAGGACAAAUCCGGUGAUGAGACCCGACCCACGGAAAGCAUGCCAAGGAAACCGAGCUACGUGUCGGCCUUCAGGCCUGUCGUUAAGGACACAGAGAGUAUAGCAAAGCUGUAUGGCAACAGAGGCCCGUAUUCAGGAACCAGGCCCGGUUACCUGUCACCUGACUUCCUGAGCGAGAGUUCGAGUUACAGGUCGGCCUCUCCAGACGUGGACGACAGCGCGGAGGACCCAGAUGUGGACGUGGAGUCACACAAAGUGCAGGAAGAUGAAGAAUGCCUUCAGCUCUCAGUGGACGACCACCACAGCCCACCAGCUCUGUCUGCUCACGUGCACGGCGAUGGAGGGAAAGGUCAAGGAGAAGAAUCCAGCCGGACGGUUGCGAUGAGCGAUCCACACACUACACACACGAGCGAGGCAGAAAAGCAGAACAAACCCAUGCUGGAGGGCAACAAACAUACAACGCGCUAUGAAGUGUACACGCAUGAAAGGAUCGCGCCCAUGUAUCAGAUGAGUGCGCCGUGUUUCAGCUCGACAGCUGCUUACCAGCGCGACUCCAGCGCUAAAGACGCGCACGAGGAGGAGCCGUCAUCCACAGUGGAGGAAAUAACGUCCCCGAAAACAGCGCACGAGCACACCAGCGCUGCUGAAGGAGGCCCGAGAGAACCUGAAGAUAUGGAAGCUAUACGCAGUGACACGGGCAGAGCGUCACUGAUUGAAAAAAACAUCGAAAAUAUGGCGAAAGAAGAGCUACAAAAACAACUUGUGGAACAAGUAGAGCUGAGAAAAAAACUGGAACGGGAAUUCCAAAGUCUGAAAGACAACUUUCAAGACCAAAUGAAAAGGGAACUGUCAUAUCGAGAAGAGAUGGUCCAGCAGCUGCAAAUUGUUAGAGACAUAUUGUGCAGCGAGUUGGACCAUGAAAGAAAGGCUCGUUAUGCUAUUCAACAGAAGUUAAAAGAAGCUCACGACGCACUUCAUCAUUUCUCGUGUAAGAUGCUGACCCCUCGUCAUUGCUCUGGGACCUGUACAUUCAAGCCUCCUCUACUACCACCAUGAUGCCUUCAGCUUCUCCUUCUCAAAUAAGACUACUCAAGACAGGGACAUAGAUCUACCAAUAAAAACAACAUUCACAGCCAACAGGACUCCUUAGUUAUCAGCCUGCAAUGAGCAAGUGUGUAUGGUAGUAUCCUAGAUCUCAAACUGUAAUUAUUACUUAAUGAAUAAAAAAAAAGCUUACUGUAUGAACUGUAUCAUUUAUAUCAAAUCUAGCUCAAUGAGAAACACUGACAGGUUUCACUGAAAAAACUACCAUCUUUUAAGAAAAAAAAAUGUGGCUUUGUGCAAUGCAUAUAUUAUGUAAUAUAGUUUAUUUAUUGUGAUACUCUUUCUGUUGUUAAAAUUUUAGGGCACUUUCUUACAUUAGAUCUGACUUAUUUAUUAACGUAUUUUUAACAGUUUUAUUUCAUCUAUGUUGUUCAUCAAUGUUGUUUGUUAUCAUGUGUAAACAAUGUACAAAUUGAUGUAAAGCACUUUAAAUAGACAGC